AUGUCCCGAGACAGGCUCAACCGGUUCUUUGGCCAGAGAGACAGCCAGCAGCAGGCGUACAGACGAAUAGAUGGAGACGACAGAGAUACCGCUGAGGGGGAAGCCGAGGUGCCUGCGUACGAUGCUCCGCCUGUCAAGGAGCUUUCGUGGGUAGUUUAUUCUAUCUUUACCUGGAUGGGGAUGGCCAUGCUAUGGGGAUGGAAUUCGUUCCUUGCCGCAGCACCGUACUUUCAAAUCCGGUUUGCCAGCAAUGAAUGGCUUCGGGACAACUCACAAUCCUCAAUAACUUCGGUGUUCUGCGUUACGGGCCUGUCUACACAUCUGUUCCUGCUGAGACUCCAGAAAAAUGCAUCUUACCCGCAGAGAGUCCUUGUCUCACUCGCUCUCACCGGAUUCGUGUUUGCACUGCUCACGCUCUCCACUAUUCCUAAACAAGGACCAUCUCCUAAUGUCCUUUUUGCGUUUGUCCUUUUCAUGGUAUUUAUAUGUGCGCUGUCGGCAUCGAUGAACCAGAAUGGAUUGUUCGCAUACGUAUCUGGCUUUUCCCAGCCAGCGUAUACGCAGGCAAUUCUGGCGGGACAGGCACUCUCCGGUGUCCUGCCUUCCAUAGUACAACUUAUCUCGGUCCUUGCAGUGCCAGACUCUACUGUACACGAAACAGGCGAGCUAGAAAACGCAGCAAAAUCGGCUUUUGGAUUUUUCCUGACCGCAACACUGGUCUGCGGAGGUGCUUUCCUCGCUUUCCUUUACCUUCAUCAUUCCCAGGCUAGGCGUGCUCGCUAUACCCCAGAUGAAGACACUGAUGCCUCAGAGUCGGACAUGCUGUCAACUAAGACGGCGGUUUCAUUGUUGACACUGUUCCGAAAGACCAGGUGGCUAUCUCUGGCGAUAUUUCUCUGCUUCUGUAUUACCAUGGCCUUCCCCGUGUUUGCAUCUCAGAUCCAGAGUGUUAGUAAAGAAAACCCUCCGCCUCGUUAUUCACAACCUGGCGUAUUCGUUGCCCUUGCCCUUCUGUUUUGGAACUCAGGCGACUUGCUCGGGCGAAUGACUCUCUUGAUCCCGUCUGUAAAGGACAGGAAACCUCCGCAGUUCGUCCUUUUUGUCCUCGCGCUAGCUCGCAUCUUUUUCAUCCCAUUGUUCUUGAUGUGUAAUGUCCGAGGGAGAGGGGCGGCAAUCAAUAGCGACUUCUUCUAUCUCGUCUUUGUCCAGGGUCUGUUCGGGCUAACAAAUGGCUACGUCUGUGUUUCUAUCAUGGUUAGUGCCCCGGAUCUGGUAGACGAGGAAGAGAGGGAGGCAGCUGGCGCAUACAUGGGCAUGUUGAUAGUGGCAGGCUUAGCAGCCGGUAGCGUUCUAAGUUUUUUUAUCGGAGCCCUAUGA